GCGCGACCACACGAGCCGUCAACAUGCGAUGUUUGUCGCAAAAUAAGGAACUGUUGUAAAGAAUUUGCUUAGCGGCAGCUGUACACACAUACACGUGUAUCCAGAGGUGUUCUGAAGAUAUAUUUUCCAUCAGGAUGGCAAAAAGUUUACGCAGCAAGUGGAGGAGAAAGAUGAGAGCGGAGAAAAGAAAGAAAGUUGCACCCAAAGAACUGGCCCGACUCAAAGCAGUGCUGGGUCAUGGAGAGAAAGGAGAGAUCACCAUGAAAGAUGUCGCCGAGAUCGCCACCGUGGUGCCGCCUGAGAAAGUGAAGGAGAAGCCAGACAAUAUUGAGAUACAGGAAGAAGAUGCGGAUGGUGGAAAGAUGGAUUUAGACGCUAAACGCAAUAAAAAGACAAUGUUGGACGAUCAAGGACGCUAUCCGGUCUGGAUGAACCAAAGGCAUAUAAAGAAGGUGAAAGCCAAACGUAUGGCUAAAAAAGGAAAACCUAAGAUGAAGAAGGGGCUUGCCUGGUAGAUGAACUGGUCUGCUCAUGCACAGACAUUAUGCCUGCCACAGCUGUACAGGAGCCUUGCUGUGCAUCUUUUUCAUGUACAUUUCUAUGGACUGUUUAUAGAACCUUGUGCAGAAUAACACUUUAGAGUGUUUGCAUUUGUGAAAUGUAAUGAUGAUCUGUUAAUGAGAGACAUGGCUGUAGUUCAACAUCAUGAUCAAGUCUUUUCACUAGCUGAUAUUUGGGGGGGUACUGUAAGUCACCCGCAUUGUAUUAAACAACUGACUCUUCCAAUGAAAUAUACAUUUUCCCUCUCUACCUGAAAUCACUCACUGUGUGGGUCUGCUUUACUUUGAAAUAAAAAUCCAAUUUACCUAU